AAAACACUGAAGACGGAGCUCGCAGGGGAUUUUGCGCACGAGUAUUAGAACUACUGCGGGAACAAUGCCAUAUUCAUUAUGUUGAUUUCCCCCCACCACCCCUCGCGUUCCUGCCGAGUAUACUUGUUUCUUGUGUCGUUAAUGGGGUUUUGUUAUACACAAAGCUUUUAUCAGCUGGAAAAUGAACAUGAAAUGUGGUGUUUCUAAGGGGGCUCUGCAGCAGCGAUGGCAGACAGGUCUCAAAGUGUUUUGAUAUGCAAAAGCUUUUGUGUGUGUGUGUGUGUCUAGGUAUAAAUAAUGAUGCUAAAUCCAGCUUGGCGUUAGAUAUGGAAGCGGUUCUCCAGCGGCUUGGUGACAAAAAUGUGAGCUUUUUUUUUCUUUCUUUCUUUUCCUCGUCAACGCAUGCAUGUGUGUGGCUCUUCUUUCUGUUGAACACAAACGUUCCAGGUAACAAAGUUCCUUUCUUCUGGCUCUCGCCCUCGCUUUCUGUCCUUCAGCACGAAGUUAUGCUUUGCAUAUUUGGCCCCCCACAGCCCCCUUGCACUCCUCCAAAAGUGUAGAUAUACACAUCAUAUAAGCUUUGACAUCUUGUCCCCCUCAGCUCCUUCUCCAGAAAAGCGAGCCCGUAACUGAUCUAUUCGUAAAUAUGAUAGGAAAAAUGUUUUGUGUGAUCUGUGAGACACUAUCGGGGAAUACAAGAAUUGUCAUGAUAAAAUAAUGUUUACAAUUUUACCCAUGUUUUAAAUACAUUGUUACCCCUCCCCCACCCAUAAAAAUCAUAAAUCACCCAUCUUAAAUGGCAUUAACACUGGUUUCUUCCAAUAUGAAAAUCAUUUAUUUUUUAAUGAAACACGGGGGACAUUUCUUUCUUUGUGACCACCAAACAAGGAGGGCAUGUGCUCCUGCAGGCUCUGCAAACAACCAGCUGGUGGCGCUGUGUCCGUUCGGUAAAAUCCCUCCCGAGGUUCCCAAAUGCAAAAAGGCAGCUUGACACCAAAGUGUCCGGACCCUCACAAUCUCCACCAUCGUGCAAAUACAUAACCUUAAUAUGGUGCUCUCCUUUCACAAUCCACGCGGCGGCACAUUUUUUUGUUGUGAAGUUGCACAUAGCCUGCAGCAUCCCGUGUGUAAAAGUAUAUUUAAAAAAAAAAAAAAAAAAAAAGCUAAACUAUCACGGUAAAUCGUUUCUGUAAUCAUUUGGAAAGCAAAUAUUACCUUCUGAAAAUAAUGUGAUUUGUGGAAAGUCAAUAUAAAACUUCACCUUGCCCCUAAAUAAUUUUACUGACUAAGUAAAACACAAACGGUUAUCAGACUAUUCUGAAUUUGCCAAUCAUCUCAUUUAAUAAAAAAUAAAAAAACGACCAAGCAAUUAAAAGCUUGGAAUUUAAAUAUUCAGAAUAAUCACAUGUUUUUUAAAUACAAACAAAAUCAUAUUUAACGCAUUGUCUCUUUGUUAUGUGAGCCACUAAUUGACAUAACUAAUUUAAAAUGAUUCAUAAUUAAAUAUACAAGCUGAACUUUUGGUCAAUCGCCAGAUUAUUAAUGUUCUACUUUGGGUCAAUGGCAGGUACGUUAUUGAUUAUUCGGAAGGGAAUGGGGGGGGGGGGCACAUUUUGCAACAAUGCCUCCAGGUUAGUUUACACUUUGGUUUGACUGUCAAAAUCGUGGCGUCGUCCCACCAGAAUCCGAAACCCACCAGAACCAAUAAAUGAGAACUGACAUUGCUCCAUUUUUAAAAUGGACAAUUUUUUAUGGGAUUUAUGCAGAAGUGAAGAAUGCAUUUUCUCCUCAAAUUUGUUCCAUCGCAGCUCUUUGAAAUGUUUGAAUCCCAUAUAUUCCAAUCAAAAGAUGAAUGCAAUUGUUACCAUAACGACCAGUUUGAUACACUCAAACAAAAACAAAAUGUGAAAGCCAUUGGGAAGACUGAUUUCCAAAAAAAAAAAAAAAGGUUUGCAAAUGUCAUCCGCUGUGGACGACUACCUUAAAAGUGUUUGUCCCGCCCCCCAAGCCGUCUCGGGGGCCUCUGAUUGGCUGAAGCUUCAUGCAAAGAAGUGCUGCUGGAAAUGCAAAACUUGUUGCUGGCUGCCUCGGACGCGCUGAACCCGCACACGGCCAAAAGCGCCAACGCCGAGUGCGUGUCUUCCAGUCAAAGUGCUUUGCGUCGCGCGCGCCCUUUCAGCACGCGCUUGUCCGUCCAGAAGGCUCGGGCGGGUUCGGGAGAGCGAAGAGCCAGAAGGUGCAGCGCUUCAUCGCGGAGCGAAGCCCCGGCAAGCCAAGCUUGAGGAUGCUGUCUCGCCGCUCCGUGCUUGCGGAGUGCGGGUAGUGCACGCCUCGCAGCCUCGGGACCGGAACCGGGACCGCGCCGCUCCCGCGCGUUGACAGGAGCACCGUUGGCGGUGGACUUUACAUCAAGACGGAGGACUCGCUGAGCGCCCGCCCUGCAAUUAAUGACGUUUUUAUGGACAAUAAAAAAUAAAACAAAUCAUCGACGCUACAAAGACGUCAAUGGGACUUUUUUUUUCGUGAUGUCAUGAUGGGACUUUACGCACAAAAGGAGCAGUGGGCAUUUUGACACCUGACUGGAAUAAUUAAGGAGAGGCCUGAAUUUAGCAAUUAUCAAGUUUAGUCUUUUUUUUUUCCUCCUUCUUCUUGUGUGCGCUCCUAUCGGUGUGUUAGAGAGAGAGAGAGAGAGAGAGAUGUCUUUGUGCCGUGACUUCGCCGUAAUGCGCACACGAAACUUUGCUGGAUCAUUAGCAGGCAGCAAGGUAAAUUAUGAUUAUGUGUGUAUUAUGAUUACGUUUGCUUGAUCAAACGGCAUAAAGUUCAUGUAUAAGAACACCCGGGAUGCUUGUAUACAUAUUCAGACAGCCUUUACCCUUCUAAAAAAAAAAAAAAAAAAACAACUUUCUUGAUUUGAUCAGACUUUUGAAUUCUAGUUUUGAAUUGCUUUCGGGAACAGACUGCUUAACGGUCUGCCCAAAGACUCGCAAUUUUACGAUCAUGUGGGAUUGAUAGCAGAAUAGCAUGUUUGGGCUGGAAAAGUUUGGUUCUCAGAUUAAUAGCAGAAACCCCGGCCAAUCAGAGAGACAGAAAACCCAACCGAGACUCGACAUGGGCUCCCAUUAUAAAAGUGCCAGUUUUCACGCUGGUGGACCGCCGGGAUCCGUGGAACCCGGCAUGGGCCCGAUGAGCGACCCGCAGAUGCUCGGACUCAACAUGAACAUGAACGGAGAGCAGUAUGGAGGUUUUCACUCGCGGGGUCACUCCGACAUGCAUGCGAGCGGUGGACUUCAGCAGCAGCAGCAGCAGCAGCAGCAAGGAGCCAUGCAUGGAUUUUUUAACAACCAGCAACCUCAUCAAGGACAUCCUCACGCCCAUCAACCUCACCCCCACCAACAUCACCCUCACUUCGGGGGGAAUUUUGGUGGCCCAGACCCGGGGUCGUCGUGCCUGCAUGGUGCCAGGCUAUUGGGCUACAAUAACAAUGCCAUGGGACCACAGCAAGGAUUUGGAGAGGGAUUUGAUCCUCUCGCCGAGGGACAGGCAGGGGAUGGCUUCCCCCAGCAGCAACAGCGGCCUGGUAACAUGCCUGACUUCCAACAUCACGGUCCUCCCAGCGGCAGCCACGCCGUGCCUGCCCCCUGCCUCCCCCUGGACCAGUCGCCGAACAGGGCAGCCUCGUUCCACGGUCUGCCUUCGUCCUCCUCGUCCUCCUCCGAUUCUCAUAGCCUGGAGAAUAGACGGAUGCACAACCAGGGAGCUGUGGAGGGAUUAGAUUACAACUUCCCCGGCGAGCCCCCAUCCGGACAUUUCGACGUACCUGUGUUUUCGCCAUCUGAGUCCGAAUCGCAGCUCCCCCAUUUUGGCCCAGGAAGGCCAGCUCCCGGUGGGAAUUUUCCAGGAAACCCUGGCAUGCCCCGGACGCCGGCCAUGCAGGCCAUCUCCAAGGGACACCAACCUCCUCCGCCCCAGCAGCCUCAACACGGGAUCUUUUUUGAGCGUUUCGGAAAUGGCAGGAAGGUGCCCGUGGGAAUGGACCCGGGGGUCAAUGCGAGACAUCCUCUCAUGCAACAGCAACAACAGGCUGGCUUGAUAGCUAGACAGAACUCGUGCCCCCCUGGCCUCCCCCGACCCCCUCAGGCUGAGUCUGGCUCCACUAACCCGAACAUUCUGGACGGAGGGGUGAUGAUGAGUGGCCAACACAAUCAGUUUGAAUAUCCCAUUCACAGACUGGAAAAUAGGGGUCUGCACCCCUAUGGGGACCCUAUGUUUAAUAUGCAACAGCCAGCUCCUCUUCCCUCCCAACAGCCCCCAAAUCAGAGACUACAACACUUUGAUGCUCCUUACAUCAACAUGGCAAAAAGGCCUCGAUUUGACUUUCCUAAUGCGCACGGAGGUGAAGGUUGGUGUGGCGGCAUGGAAAAUCACCUCUCCCCCACCUCCUAUCCUGGACUGCCAGGGGAGUUCACCCCACCUGUGAAUGAAGGUUUCCCACCUGGUCCGCUGCAGCACACGGGGCCUGAGCAGCAGUCUUUACAGCAGCGACAGAACGCCGCCAUGAUGAUAAAGCAAAUGGCUUCUCGCAACCAGCAGCAGAGAAUGAGGCAGCCCAGUCUGCAGCAACUCGGUCACCACGGUGAUGUGCCUCCGGGCCCGCUCGGUCACGGAGGCCCGGUGGGGGGCAUGCCUCAGCCCAACUUUGACAGGGAAAAUGGAGGUAGAAUGGCCAACGUUGACGGACAAAACCCGCACGUAAACCAGGACAACUCCUGGUUCCAAGGGUCCCACCCUCCUGGGGAGAUGAUGUCACGGCGUAUGGGUGGAGCAGGCAAUGACUCAGGGCCCCACGACAUGGGUCUCCAGCAGAAUGGGGCUGCGAUGAUGUUUAGGCCAGGUAUGGGCAUGCAAGAACCCAUGAGAAUACCCGGAGAUGGACAUGUACAGGCUCUCCAUUCUCCGGGCUUGCACUCACAGUUCAGCGGUAACAUGGGCAACCUCUCCCAAAUGCAGUCUCCGGGAGCGGGAGGAGGAACCGGACAUCCAAGUGCACCAACAGAGAGGCGACCACCUGAAUUCCCAGCACCUCCAAUAGGAGCACAACCACCGUUUGCCUACGGAGGAGCAAACCGUCAGGGGCCAGCUCACAAUGUACCCCAGGGGGUGACCACCUCACCGGGCAGCUACCCUCCUCAGUCUGAGUUCCCCUCGGGCCAGCGGUCAUCUGUUAGCAAGCUUGGUGCUCUGUCCCUUGGGAAUUUUAACAAAACCAGCGCUAAAGACAGCGUUUUUGGCCAGAGCUGCCUGGCGGCCCUUUCCACGGCGUGCCAGAACAUGAUUGCAAGCCUCGGGGCGCCCAACCUCAACGUAACGUUCAACAAGAAGAACCAAAACGAGGGCAAGCGAAAACUGAGUCAGACAGAGCAGGACAUUAAUAGCAGCACAUCUAACGGGACUGGCAGUGCUGGGCCUGAAUAUUUUCAGAGCAGCACUUCUCAGAACAACCAGCUGCCCGGCACUGGGAAUAGCAACGCUAAGCCUGCAAGUCAAAACCAGACGGUGCAGGGGGAAGCCAGUGCCCUCUCCCCAAAUUACAACAUGGACGCUACCCCGUGCAGUGAGGGGAAGGCAACAACAGGGAGUGGGAGAGGGAGAGGGAGGAGAAAAAGAGACAGUGGACAUGUGAGCCCUGGAAUUUUUUUUUCCUCUGAAAAUGGAAACCCUGUUGUGAGUCCAGGCCAGCAAACCCCUUCGGCUGGUGUUGGGGAGAGGGGUGGCGGGGCCACACCCCAUGACAAACACCUGCAGUCACCCUCUUGGGGCAAAGGAGGCGACCUGUUGUUGGGGGACCAGGCUGACCUGAUGUCCUCUCUGGACAGCGGCAUUCAAAGUGUCGCCAAGUCUGACGGCAGCUCGCCCCGCGUGGACUUCCCCGAUGAUGUCAGCGCCCACUUUGGCAAUGAGGACGAGGUGUCGUCCAGCUCGGAUGCGGGAGGCUCCUCGGCCAAUAAGCCCAGUCGCAGUCCCAUGAUCAAUGGCUCGCCCAAAAUGCAAAUAAAUGGACAGAAGGCCUUAGGCAUAGGCAUCAGCAAUCAUACUACCUCGACACCAGACAGCUACGGACUGAGUGCCGGCGGAGCGACGGCCGGAAGCGGGGUGAGCCAUCCGGGGACUCCCGGGAUGGAGCAGGUACGCACCCCGUCCAGCACUUCUGCUCAGGACGAAAUCCACCCUCUGGAGAUUCUUCAGGCCCAGAUCCAGCUGCAAAGACAGCAGUUCAGCAUCUCGGAAGACCAGCCGCUGGCCAUGAAAAACGGCAAAAAGAACGGCGAGUGUCCGUCUCAGAACGGAGACAACGAGCUGGCGGGCCGCAGCCCCGAUACCGGGAAGGGUUCAAUGGGCACCAUUGACCUUGACACACUGAUGGCAGAGCAGCACGCCACCUGGUACGUGCCCAGCGACAAGGCCAUGAUGGACGGCGCCGAGGAUGACAAGUCCGUGGGACUCUGGGAAAAGAACAAGAGCCAAAGCAGCAGCAAAGAAGAAUCUGAGCUGUCCCAGAGCAAGGCCGGAGUCGGGGCCGCCGGGGCCGGAGGAGGAGGAGGAGGGGGAGGAGGGGGAGGGAACCACCUUCAGUGCCUGUCCGUCCACUGCACAGACGAGCUGGGGGACACGAAGGGCAGAGGAGGGCCCGUCUCUUCUUGGCGCUCGCUCCACUCUGAUAUUUCCAACCGAUUUGGGACAUUCGUGGCGGCACUGACUUGAAUCAAAAAGCGGUCCCGCCGCAGAAGAACAGGACAAAACCGAGAAGAAAAAAGGGCAACGGACGAUGGCGGUGACAGGACGCGGAAAAUGCGGGCCCCUCUUGCCUGUUCAGGGAGAGAAUGACUUUCACAUAUAAAUGCAAAAUACACACCCACACACACACACACACAUAAACAUACAAUUGUCACGUCAAACACAUGCAGUCACUCGCUCGGACACUGCUGGACAAUAGAGCUUGGGCUCUACUCAACCACGCCCGGUCUGGAAAACCUCAAAUCAAAUGUAUAUUUUUUUUUUCCCCUUUGCUUUUGUUUUUGUUUUGUUUUCAAGAAAAGUAUAAACUUGUCUAACGAUGAUUAUGAGAUAGCAAAAGCAGAUACUAUAUUCAGUUGCCACUGGCUGUAAUUGUGUAGCAGUGUUGACGUGUGAUGUACUUGGCGGGCUGGGGAUUUUUUUUUUUUUUUUUUUAAAGGAUGUUAGUAAAUAUGGCCUUUCUGCUCAACUCACUUCCACAUAGAGCUCUAAUGUAAAUAUAGUUUAACCCAUUGUAAGCAACUGUUGCCCCAAAAAGUGAUCAUAUAUGGAUUUGGUCAUAUUUUGAUCAUUUUUUCCCCAUCUCAAAUGAGCGAGCAACUUUGUUUGAAUGAAUCCAGAAGCAUAACACAAGACAGAUGAAUAUGCAUGAAUGUAUUUUUGAUUUUUUUUCCUCCCAAAUACAACUAUUUGCCUCCAUGUCCAGGCAACUUUUUUUUUAACCUGUAUCAUUGCUGCUGUUCAUUUAUGUUGUAAAAAAAAAAAAAAAAAAAAAAACUUCUCACAUAUUCAUGAGCUCAACCUUGUAUACAAUUCAGCCAAUGGGAACUGAAAUGGCAGCAUUUGCAUUGUUUUAAUAAGGGAAUUGAUAAAAAAAAAAUGGCUAUUGGUAUUGCACAUGUAAAAUAAGAUUUAAAAAAAUGCUGUGUGUUGGGCAAUCUUGUAAUCUUUAAAUAAAGCUUCUGUUGAAUUUGAAUUUCUGAAACAAUAGAUGGAGGACUGUGACAGCAAUUUAUGAACUGAUUUCUUUUUUUGUUUACUUUUUAAAAGAUAAGUAAAGUGCAGUCGUCUGUUUUCCUGCAUAUUGUAUAUAUCUGUAUAUGUUUUAUUGAGUAACUAAAUAACAAUAAAUAUGAUGUUAAA